AGUACACUUUUUAGUGAUUGGUCAAAAUAUUAACCAAUAGAAAGCGUGCAUCUUCGCUCGAUAUUUGAUUGUCAAAUUUAGGGAAACAUUAGUCUAUUUAUAAAUUUAAUGUUUCGGGUGUAUUUCCAAUAAAACAGACAGUCGCUAUGUUGAGCAAUCUGCGCGGCGUCUCGCCUUUAUCCGACGCUAUGUCCGAUAGCACUUUAGAGAGAAAUCGCGCUGAAAAGGCGUUAAUUACUAAAACGCCCGCCCAAAGUCAGGUUUUUGGGAAUAAAAGCAAUGUUAGUGGGACAAAGAAUUACUCCGAUAAGAACGGUAAUGAUGUUACUAAGUCGGUGCAUAAAGGGCGGAAGACUAUUGCGUUUUGGACGCUGGUCUGUUUGCUGUUCAUCCUCGCCAUCGGGAACCUGAUUCUCACAUUCACCAUUCUAGCCGUUUUGAGGCUUGGACAAGGCAUGGAAAGUAUGGAGCUCCUCCCAGAGCAUAACGCGGUCAAACUGCUAGGCGACACUGGACUGGAACACGUUUACAAGCGUGACGGGCUGCUCGAGGGCUUCAGGGACAAGCCUGUCCAAAUAUCCAGCGAGAACGGCACCGUGCGAGUCACUUUGCAGACCAGAUUAUCUCGCACGGAAACGAAGUUGGCGCUGAACUCUUCCGGCGUGUUCGUACGCGGAGUCGGCGCUAUGCGACUGCUGGACCCUGUAUCCGGGGAGACUGUCUUCAGCACAGCAGCCCAGGAGAUGAACAUCCCUGAUGGCGUCAACAACCUUAACGCUAAGCAAAUAUCAACCAAACGCAUAUCCUCACCCACCGACCAAGACUUGAAACUGAAAUCCGACUCCUCGGCCCAUCUGCGCGGCUCCGAAGGCACCCGAAUGGAGUCCAAGGAACUCUUCUGGUCCGCCGACCAAGACAUUUACCUUAAAUCCAUCAACGGUUCUGUAGUACUCAGCGGUAAGGAAGGAGUAUACGUACCGGUAAGAAAUUUACCCAUAGCCUUACCGCUAAACCGUACGGAGCCCAGUACGGGACAGUUUAAGGUUUGUGUUUGUAUGCCGCAAGGGAAAUUGUUCCGUAUUGCUGUGCCCAGUGGGCAGAAAGUCACGUGCUCGCAUAUAAAUAUGACGGGGGAUUUGAAUCCUUGUAUUUAGAUCUUAAAGAUAGAAAACAUUUUAGACGGUGCAAUAUUAAAGGCGUAAUACACUACACGAUUUGUCGGGCCCGAUUUUUUAGAGUACCUCCUAAGUUUUUUACAUUUCCCCUAAUGCUAUAACAGACGGGCGUACUGGACUGCGACUUUGUUCCGGUCCGAGGUCUGUUCAAUACAGAAGGCAGUCCGCCGUACGUCUGUUAAGGAUGUAUAGCUACAUCCUUGUGAGAGCGAGAAAGAGAUAUGCUGGCCGAACCAAGGUCGCGGUUGGGUAGGUACGCCUGUCUGUUACAGCUUCAAGUUAGGUUAAGGACGAGCGCGUUUACAAGGCGCGUUUGAAUGACGCAAAUGG